AUGAAGGCCGUUCAAGAACUUGGCUUGUCUAUGGAUUACUGCAAGGGACAGUGUUAUGGCGAUGCAGGCAACAUGUCAGGACCUUGUAAUGGUGCAGCAGCCAUUGUCAGAUGGCAAUAUCCAAAGGCUAUAUACACUCAUUGCAUAGCUCACCGCCUAAACCUCUCUGAUGUGAGUGCGUGCAAGAUGCAGAAUGUUCGAAAUAUGUUUGAUACCGUUGGAGUGUAGCUAGAUCCUUUGAGUACUCCCCGAAGAAAGAAGCUCUCCUUGUUCAGAAAUUGAAAGACGUCUGUCCUGAAUCCCGCCGUCACAAGCUCCUCGAUGUUUGUAGGACCCGCUGGAUUCUGUGUAUAGAUGGUUUGGAGGUCUUCCUGAAGCCAUCGUUGCAACACUGGAAACCAUCAAAGCAAAUGCAGAAAGUUGAAAUGCAGAUUCAAUUAAGAAAGCAGUUAGCCAUUACCACGCUAUCGCUAAUUUUGACUUCGUUGUUGCCUUAACAGUCUGCCGGGCAGUUAAGAUGCAAGGCACAUCCAGUGACAUGCUGGGAGUUUUUAGCGACAUUAGAGAUGCAGUUAAAACGUUAUCUUCUGUGGGCCAAAAGGUAGAAGAGAAACAUGCAAAAUGGUUUCAAAAGGCAUGCCAAAUUGCCGAGAAGCUGGGCAUCACAGUGCAAAAACCAAGAACCUGUCAGGUACAGCGCAACCGUGCAAACACCCCUGCUGAAACGAUAUAA